GAACCAGUUUUGUUACAUGCAGCCGUUCAGGAGGAGCGCCAGCGAGCCAAGGAGAAGAGUGAGAGCGAGGUGGAGUCCACCACCUGCGCCAAUGAGGACAUGCCCGUGGAGAAGAUCCUGGAGGCCGAGCAGGCGGUGGAACCCAAGACGGAGACCUACAUUGAGACCAACCUUGGUGUGCCGUCUAACUCGCCCAACGAUCCAGUGACAAAUAUCUGUCAAGCGGCUGACAAACAACUCUUCACCCUGGUGGAGUGGGCCAAGAGGAUCCCACAUUUCUCCGAGCUGCCGCUGGACGACCAGGUCAUCCUUCUACGAGCAGGUUGGAACGAGCUCCUCAUUGCAUCAUUUUCGCACCGUUCGAUAGCAGUGAAAGACGGGAUCCUGUUGGCAACCGGGCUGCACGUGCACCGCAACAGCGCCCAUAGUGCCGGCGUGGGCGCCAUCUUUGACAGAGUGCUAACAGAGCUGGUGUCUAAGAUGAGGGACAUGCAGAUGGAUAAGACAGAACUGGGGUGCCUUCGAGCUAUAGUCCUUUUCAAUCCAGACUCUAAAGGUUUGUCGAACCCAGGUGAGGUGGAAGCCCUGAGAGAGAAAGUCUACGCGUCAUUAGAGGCCUACUGCAAACAGAAGUACCCCGAGCAGCCCGGCAGGUUCGCUAAGCUGUUGCUGCGGUUACCAGCGCUGCGCUCCAUCGGCCUCAAGUGUCUCGAGCACUUGUUCUUCUUUAAGCUCAUCGGGGACACGCCCAUCGACACCUUCCUCAUGGAGAUGCUAGAAGCACCGCAUCAAAUGACAUAAUGGCGUCGAUGGUCGAGCCCUCCCCCCGUCCUCUCCUCCUCCUCCUCCUCCUCCCUCAACCACCUCUGGACCAGGAGAAGGGUUCCUCCUCUUUUAAAAAAAAAUCCCAUCUCAGAUCACGAGGGACAGAUCACGUGACUAUUUUGGAUUUUGGAGAACCUCUCCCUGUCUCCUCUCCCGUCUCUCUCCCCCGUCGUUUUGAAAACAAUGAAAUCGUCACGUCUGCGGGUCUGUUUUAUACUUUGUAAAAAAUAUUAUAAAUAAGAAAUAUAUAUAUGGAAAAAAAUCACACAUCAAACACGAGUGUCAUCGGUGGACUGAAAUGAGGACGGACAAAAGACACAUGUUGAGCCAUCGUUUCUCAGCUUUGCUAUUCCGACACCUUGAAGAGAAAAAGCAGAGACGAUCAGAUUCUAACACCCACGUGAUGAUGUCACAUUCGGACGCUCUGCGUCGUGAUCGGGACAAUCGUGGACUGGGGGAGACUCGGGCCGUCAACACUUGAGCCCUCUCUGGACUCAGGGCUGAACGUACUCUGGGGGAGGGACGGCGGCGGAGGGCCUUGCACUAGCUGUUGUUUUUUUUUUUAAAGUGUGAGCUUUCCGGAGUAGAGGUGUGUCAACAAGACUGCAAGUGUUCAAAAACCUCAGGUCUCAGCCCAAAUCCAACCAAUCCAACCAUGUCUUACUCUGUUAGCACUGUGCAACAUCGGGGAGGACGACACGUCAGUCCAA